UUUGCUGGAUCCACCCAUUUGUUUUGCUACAACCCCUUUCUCCUUUUGCUAUCAUCCCCAUUCGAUUUUUUAUGAACAUUUGGAUUUUUGCUGGAACCGGGGCCCGUUUUUGCUGGAACCAACUGGUGGAUAUGCUGCAAGGUCGACACCACGCCGGAGGAAGCUGCAUCCAGUGGCAAGGAGGGUUGCGGCCAACGCCGUUCGAACGCUGGAAGUUGCAACCGUGUACGCUGGAGCUACAACCAGCGACUGGGGGAGCCGCAAGCGGGGUGGCUGUAUUUUGCUGAACAAUUUUCUUUUUGCUGGAACCGAUGUAUUGUUUUGCUGGAACCGAGAUAAAUUUUUGUUUCAUUGGCUGCAGAGUUCUCAAACGCUCAUGUCAUUUUUGCUGGAACCUAAGUUUGGUUUUGCUGGAAGCGUUUUUUGAUUUUGCUUCAACCGACCACCAGAUUUCUUUAGGUACGAUGCACAUCGACAAUGGAGGCCCGCAGAGACGGCGACGCCGUGCUACGAUGGGAGACAUGAGUUUUUGCUGUCCGAGCUGCAUCCGGCCAUCGGCGGGAGCUGCAUGCAGCAGGAGGGUGUUGUUGGAUCGACGACGAGAUGUGGAGGGUGUGCGACAACAGCAACGGCGAGCUGCGGAGAGAGGUGGCGACCUGCAACCCAUGGCGAUGGCGGCUGCCGCGGGGUGCGCAAGCUUUGUGCGGCAAGGCCGCGGGGUGGGGGCGGUUGGCUGAGCGUGGUGACUCGUUGUGGGAGGAGGCAUGAUGUGCGGAAGGAUAGAGAGGAAAUCAUGCGGCUACUUUUGCCUGAAUCCAACGGCUGCUAGGCGACCGGCCGAAAGUUGGGCCGGUGCGCCGGCGCCUAGCAGUGGCCUUAAACUUAUCAUAAAAAAUGUUCGGGGUUGCUGUGUGUUUGUGCCACAACGUGUGGCACUUAUCAGAGACAAAACACGAUGAUCAGCGCGUUACAAGAUUGUUACGUGCCCGCGUCCCUGUGUCCGUGUGACGCUUACUCGCUCUCCUCUAGUGGCCAAGUGGCGUUUCAGCUCAACUGCUCACGUAUAUAAUCCAUGAUCGCUCAAGCUCGUUGGCUCAUGGAGUUCGUCGCCUUGACCGUGACAGUGCCCGAAUACGUGCCCGACGAGCGGGGCUUCGAGGCUCACAGCCGCCGGCACAGCACUAGCGGGGCCUUCUUCGCCAGGUCAGGGCCGGAGCAGAAUGCCGCUGCCGACGAUGCCGUGAGGGCUGCCGGCUGCUUCUCCGGCUUCGACCCGGCGUCAGACGAGGCCAUAGCUGCCCUGCGCGUGCCGGCGGCGGGCGGGAUGAGGGAGGACGGCUGCGCGGUGUGCCUCGAGGACUUGGAGGGUGGCGACGACGACAAGCUCAGGGCCAUGCCCUGCUCUCACUGCUUCCACCAGCGGUGCAUCUUCCGGUGGCUAUCGGUCAGCCGGGUCUGUCCCUGCUGCCGCUUCCCGCUGCCGUCCGCCGACGAGCAGCGCCUCCUGGCCCUGGACGAGCAGGCGACGGGCCCCAACACCCGAGCUGAAACCAACUGACGAUUGAUUUAAUCAUUGAUUUAUGUAUAUCUAUUGACAAAUUAAGGGGAACAACAGAGGAGUUAAUAUGUUGCA